AUGGCGGGCAGAUGGAACAUUGGUUCAACUGCGGUUGAUUGGAAUCAAACUGCAAAGAGAGAACUACUUGGAGGAGUGGACUGGAUUAGUCAAUUGCCAAGGGAAAUCCUUGGUGCCAUUCUGUCUCGCUUGACCCUCGAGGAAGCCGGAAGAACUAGUGUCCUCUCGCGCAGCUGGAGACACCUGUGGGCAUUUCUCACCACCAAGCUGAAUUUCGGUGCUUGGAAAUCGCGCGACGAAGGGGUAAACAUCUGCAGUCCUUGGUACGCGAGGCGGGUGAAUCAAGUUCUAAAGUUACACCUGGGUGCAUUUGUUUUAGAUGAAUUUAUAAUCCGCUUCUAUCCGAAAGAAGAAAGCCGCGGUGCUUAUUAUGGCGACCUCGACAGUUGGGUUAAUUUUGCAUUUCAAAAGGGAGUAAAAAGGCUUGAAUUGGACUUGGAACGCAAUAGGUCGUGCUUGUACCGGUGGUAUGCUUUUCCAAGUGUGGAAAAGUUAUGCUCGAGGACUUCAAAUACUCACCCGCAACUGUUCGGAUUUUGUCACCUCAUAACCCUCUGUUUGAAAUGUGUUAACAUCACUGGCGAGGUCAUCGAGCACUUUUUGGGCAACUGCCCUCUCCUCGAACAGUUGCAGGUGAUGAGCUCCGACCAUCUUACGAACCUGAAAGUUGCUGGUCCAUCACUCAAAUUGAAAUGCUUAGAGAUCUCCAGCUGCUAUUUGGAAGAUUUGGAUAUUUCUGCUGCAAAUCUUGCAUCGUUGUCGUUGACGUAUUUUGGGCCAGUUUCAAAGGUAAUUCUUAGGAAUGUUCCCGUUCUUUCGGAGUUAUGCAUCAGUGGAGAUUAUGCCGAAUCAGUAAUUCACCAACCCACAGAUCAUUUGAGCUAUAUGCGUCAACUGGAAAGGCUUAAAUUAACACGGCCGUUGCAGGGUGUUGGGAGGUAUAUAGCGUUCCCCCCUGCCUACCCUGAAUUACGUUGUCUAAAGCAAUUGGAAUUGGAAUCGCGCAAAAUACGUGGAGAAAACCUCAUUUUCUACACUCCUUUGGUUAGGGCGUGCCCUUUGUUGUCCACAUUGACGGUGCGGUAUCAAUCAGCAAUUCCUCCUUGCCUCGAUCAUUCGGAAGUAAUCUCGGCGACGCCCAUUAAUGAUGAUAGAUAUGCGAGGGUUGCUCCAGAAUAUCAUCACCGAUGCCUUAAAGUGGUGGAGUUGGUUGGUUUUAGUGGACGUCCGGAUGAAGUUGAGUUUCUUUUGUACUGGCUUGUUAUGGCUGUCUCACUCGAUAAGUUGGUUAUCAAUCCUCUUGCUCCCUCUGCUGUUGCAAUGGGCUUAACUUACGAAGACACCAAAAUACGAGCAGCUAGAAAGUGUGCCCGGCAGCUACAAAGAAAGGUACCCCCAAGAGUAAAAUUAGUAGUACUCUGAUUAUGGCCGGACCCUACAUGAAUGGUGGAUUGAGGUGUUGGGGCAUCAUUGACCAGAGGAAUGGAAUAAGAGAAAUGCUAAGUGUAAAGAAAAUUCACCCGAAAAUUAUCCUGAAAGAGCAAAUUAAUAGUACAGAUUCACUUUGAAGUGCACCUGUAUCAUUGAUUUGCCUUUUCGGGUAAAUUUUCUUUGUACCUAGCCCUCCUCAUGGAAUAAGCUCUCCUAUGACUGAGAGGAGCGUAUGUGUAAGUUUUUUUCCUAGGUUGGGAGCAAGGCGCAGGUAUCCUGCUCGGAAUGGUCAUGUCUUUGACCAAGAAUCAUUCUCAGUUCUAUGAAUUCGUGAAAUUAUUAUGUGACAUUUUUAUGACAUCGCAAUUUGACUCCAA